GCGAUGCUGGAUUGAGCUGGGCGGCGAUAUUGCAGGGAGGCAGACGCACCGACCGUGCGAUGGAAAUGGGGAAACCAUCAAACAUGGCGAGAGCUGCAGCCUCUUCAUCCCCCAUUCCUCAAUAACCACAGCUGACUGACUGACGCCUUCGCAAUCUGUAAGAAAAAAACACAGCUAUUUAUGUUUUUCGUAAUCGGAGUUGCAUAUUCAUAAAGAGCCAUCGAUCCGUUCCCUGUCGCCGACCAGAGGUCCUGAUCGUGCCGCAGGCUAAUCAAUAUAUCGCUCUGAAUCCCGACCAACGUCGUGCCUGUCUGCCCCUUAGGAGACGGACGCUUUCUGUCGUUCGGCUGUAAACAUCUUCACGAGGGUAGCAACUUUUCAGUCAUUCUGUUGCUGAAGCUGCGGAUGUGCUGCUGAAUUCAGACGGCAGCACGGGUAAUCGGAUCGAGGUGUUAGAGCCGUACAUCUUAUCCAUUAUUUGGAUGAUAGCAUUGUCAGAAUUUUGCGGGAAAAAAAGACUGUCAGGGAUGCCAGGCGUUUGAUUUGAGGUUUUCAAGGCUGGGAAACAGCGUUCUGUUUUCUCUUUCAGCGACACUGCCACAUUCAGUUGUGUCAAACAUGGAAGAUGUUUCCCCCCAGACUGUCCGUAGGUAAUGAUUGGAAUUUACCGCUGCUCUUCGCCAUCUCGGUUCUGCUUGCAUUAAUGCGGUGUUCGGUGCAUUUUAUUCGGCGAAAUGCUAACCCUCCCUUUGUUACGCGAGAUUCGUGAGUGAAGAUCUGGAUUGUUCCGAGUCUGUUUAUGAUCUAGCCAGAUUAACACCAACAAUUCAUAACGCCUCACAUUUUUAUGCACGAGGCUAGAAGUUAAUCUCCAAGGUGCACGAUGAAAAGAUGGCACAGCCACUGCUUGCACCGCCAGGACCAGACAGCCUCGUACAUUUCACCCGGGAAUCUCUUGCAGCUAUUGAGAGAAGCAUUGCAGAGGAAAGAGCCAAGAGACCCAAGGAACAACACGGUGAUGAUGAUGAAAAUGGCCCAAAGCCAAAUCGUGACUUGGAAGCCGGCAAAUCACUACCAUUUAUUUAUGGUGACAUACCUCCAGGGAUGGUUUCUGAGCCACUGGAAGACCUGGACCCAUUUUAUAGAACAAAAAAAACUUUUAUAGUAUUGAACAGAGGGAAGGCAGUCUUCCGAUUUAGUGCCACACCUGCCUUGUACAUUUUAAGUCCUUUCAAUCCUAUAAGGAAACUAGCUAUUAAGAUUUUGGUACAUUCAUUGUUCAGCAUGCUCAUCAUGUGCACUAUUAUGACCAAUUGUGUGUUUAUGACGAUGCAUAAUCCUCCAGACUGGACGAAGAAUGUAGAGUAUACCUUCACUGGUAUUUACACAUUUGAAUCACUUAUAAAAAUUCUAGCAAGGGGCUUCUGUGUAGAUCACUUCACAUUUCUCCGCGAUCCCUGGAACUGGCUGGAUUUCAGUGUCAUUGUUAUGGCGUAUGUAACAGAAUUUGUAAACUUAGGCAAUGUUUCAGCUCUGCGAACUUUCAGAGUAUUGAGAGCUUUGAAAACUAUUUCAGUAAUACCAGGUCUCAAGACCAUUGUGGGUGCCCUGAUCCAGUCAGUGAAGAAGCUGUCCGAUGUAAUGAUUCUGACUGUUUUUUGUUUGAGCGUAUUUGCACUAAUAGGGCUACAGCUGUUCAUGGGAAACUUAAAACAUAAAUGUGUUCAAUGGCCGCCUGAGUUCAACUUUAGUACAACUAACAGCUCAUUUGUUCUGAAUGACACCAUGGCCAAUGAGACAAUGAACACAUUUAAUUUUGAGAAAUACAUCCUAGACACAAAAAAUUACUAUUUCUUGGAAGGAUCCAAAGAUGCACUGCUCUGUGGUAAUGGUUCAGAUGCUGGUCAAUGUCCCGAGGGCUAUACAUGCCUGAAAGCUGGAAGAAACCCCAAUUAUGGUUACACCAGCUUUGACACAUUCAGCUGGGCAUUCUUAUCAUUAUUUCGGCUGAUGACUCAGGACUUUUGGGAAAACCUUUACCAGCUGACCCUGAGAGCUGCUGGAAAAACAUACAUGAUAUUUUUUGUGCUGGUCAUUUUCCUGGGAUCUUUCUACUUGGUCAAUUUGAUUCUGGCUGUUGUUGCAAUGGCCUAUGAUGAGCAAAACCAGGCCACCUUAGAGGAAGCAGUACAAAAAGAAGCAGAAUUUCAGCAAAUGCUUGAGCAACUAAAAAGACACCAAGAAGAAGCUCAGGCCGCUGCAGCACUAGCCGCUGAGGAAGAGGAUGGAAGUGGAAGAGUUGGAAUAUGUGAAAUGUCACAGAGUUCCUCAGAAGCAUCAAAGCUUAGUUCAAAAAGUGCCAAGGAAAGACGAAACCGACGGAAGAAGCGGAAACAAACGGAACUGGGAACUGAGGAUAAGGAUGAGGAAAAGAUGCACAAAUCAGAAUCAGAAGACAGUGGAAGAAAAGGGAAUGGCUUUCGAUUUUCCAUUGAUCGUAACUGCCUUUCUUAUGAAAAGAAAAACUCCUCUCCACAGCAGUCUCUUCUAAGUAUUCGUGGAUCUAUCUUUUCGCCAAGGCGUAAUAGCAGAAGCAGCAUCUUCAGUUUCAAAGCUCGGACUAAAGAUAUAGGGUCAGAGAAUGACUUUGCUGAUGAUGAACACAGCACUUUCGAAGACAACGAAAGCAGAAGGGGUUCACUCUUUAUCCCACGCAGGCAGGGUGAGAGACGCAGCAGUAACGUUAGUCAGUGCAGUAAGUCCUCCAGGAUGCUGCCAGUCCUUUCAGUGAAUGGGAAGAGGCACAGCACAGUGGACUGCAAUGGAGUGGUUUCACUUGCCGGUGGACUUUCAACUCCAACAUCACCUGUUGGACGCCUUCUGCCAGAGGUGAUAAUAGAUAAGCCAACUACUGAUGACAAUAGCACCAAUACAGAAGCCAUCUUCAAGAAGAGGAGGUCAGGAUCGAACCAAGUUUCAAUGGAUUUUCUGGAUGAUGCUAUACAAAGGCAGAGAGCUUUAAGCGUGGCCAGUAUUCUCACGAAUACAAUGGAAGAAUUGGAAGAAUCUCGACAGAAAUGUCCGCCCUGCUGGAACAAAUUUGCAAAUACGUACUUGAUCUGGGACUGCCAUCCACAUUGGCUAAAAGUAAAGAAAAUUGUCCAUUUAAUUGUGAUGGACCCCUUUGUGGAUCUCGCCAUCACUAUUUGCAUUGUGCUGAACACUCUUUUUAUGGCUAUGGAGCAUUACCCCAUGACAGAAAACUUUGAAAAUGUACUCUCAUAUGGGAACUUGGUAUUUACCGGAAUCUUCACUGGAGAAAUGAUUUUCAAAAUCAUUGCCUUGGAUCCUUUUUAUUACUUUCAAGAAGGGUGGAAUAUUUUUGACAGCAUUAUUGUAAGCCUUAGUCUAAUGGAACUUGGUCUUGCUAAUGUGGAAGGACUCUCUGUGCUACGAUCAUUCCGAUUGCUCAGAGUGUUCAAAUUGGCAAAGUCGUGGCCAACACUGAACAUGCUAAUUAAAAUUAUUGGCAACUCAGUAGGUGCUUUGGGAAACUUGACCUUGGUAUUAGCCAUUAUUGUCUUCAUCUUUGCUGUGGUUGGCAUGCAACUCUUUGGUAAAAGCUACAAGGAGUGCGUCUGUAAAAUUCAGGAAGAAUGUAAAUUACCUCGCUGGCACAUGAACGACUUCUUCCAUUCCUUUCUCAUUGUGUUCCGAGUCUUGUGUGGAGAAUGGAUUGAGACGAUGUGGGACUGCAUGGAAGUAGCGAGUCAGUCGAUGUGCCUCAUCGUCUUUAUGAUGGUCAUGGUAAUAGGUAAUCUUGUGGUACUGAACUUAUUUUUGGCCUUGCUAUUGAGCUCAUUCAGUGCUGACAAUCUAGCUGCUACAGAUGACGACAGUGAAAUGAACAACCUACAGAUUGCUGUGGGGAGGAUACAGAGAGGCAUUGACUAUGUCAAAAGAAAUGUGCAAGAAUUCUUUCAGAAAGCCUUCAUCAGGACCAAAGUCACAGAAGAUAUCAAACCUCUUGAUGAACUACACAGCAAGAAAGAUAUCUACAUCUCAGAUCACACAGGCGUUGAAAUUAGCAAAGACUUGACCUACCAGAAGGAUGAAAAUUGCACCACCAGUGGGAUUGGCAGUAGUUUGGUGAAAUACAAUAUAGAUGAGGGUGACUACAUGUCCUUUAUUCACAAUCCAAGCCUGACUGUUACUGUGCCAAUAGCUGUGGGGGAAUCAGACUUCGAAAACCUAAACACAGAAGACUUCACCAGUGAAUCAGACCUAGAAGGAAGCAAAGAGAAAUUGGCUGAAAGCAGCUCAUCUGAAGGAAGCACAGUUGACAUCAGUCCUCCUGGACAGGGGGAGCAGCCAGAAGAAACACCAGAGGAAUCCAUGGAACCUGAAGCGUGCUUUACUGAAGGAUGUGUAAGGAAGUUCCCAUUUUGCUAUGUCAAUAUAGAAGAGGGCUCAGGCAAAUCCUGGUGGAACCUGAGAAAGACCUGCUACAAAAUAGUGGAACACAAUUGGUUUGAGACAUUCAUUAUAUUCAUGAUUCUUCUCAGCAGUGGUGCCUUGGCUUUUGAAGAUAUUUAUAUUGAACAACGGAAAAACAUCAAAUCAAUGCUUGAAUAUGCUGACAAGAUCUUCACUUACAUCUUCAUUCUGGAAAUGCUGCUGAAGUGGGUGGCAUAUGGUUUUGUGAAGUACUUCACAAAUGCUUGGUGUUGGCUGGACUUCCUCAUUGUUGAUGUCUCUUUGGUAAGCCUCACAGCUACUGCCUUGGGCUACUCCGAACUUGGUGCCAUUAAAUCCCUCAGGACACUAAGAGCUUUGAGACCUCUAAGAGCAUUGUCGCGAUUUGAAGGCAUGAGGGUGGUCGUGAAUGCACUGCUUGGAGCAAUUCCAUCCAUCAUGAACGUGCUGCUUGUAUGCCUGAUAUUCUGGCUCAUUUUCAGUAUAAUGGGUGUGAAUCUGUUUGCUGGAAGGUAUUAUCACUGUAUCAACACCACUGACGGAACUACGUUCCCUAUCGAAAUUGUUGACAAUAUUACAGAUUGCCUUCAGCUUAAUACAUCUGCACGAUGGAAGAACGUAAAAAUAAACUUUGACAAUGUUGGAGUAGGCUACCUUGCUUUAUUACAAGUGGCAACUUUUAAAGGAUGGACGGAGAUAAUGUAUGCUGCUAUUGAUUCGAGAGACGUGAAGCAGCAACCUGACUAUGAAUGCAAUCUGUAUAUGUAUUUUUACUUCGUCAUUUUCAUCAUCUUUGGAUCUUUCUUCACCUUGAACUUGUUUAUUGGUGUCAUUAUUGACAACUUCAAUCAACAGAAGAAAAAGCUUGGAGGUCAAGAUAUUUUCAUGACUGAAGAACAAAAGAAAUACUACAAUGCAAUGAAGAAGCUAGGAUCCAAGAAACCACAGAAACCUAUACCAAGGCCCUUGAACAAGAUUCAAGGCAUGGUGUUUGAUCUCGUAACCCAGCAAGUUUUUGAUAUCAGCAUCAUGAUUCUCAUUUGCCUUAACAUGGUCACCAUGAUGGUAGAGACUGAUGAUCAAAGUAAAGAUAUGGAUAACAUCUUAUAUUGGAUCAACAUGGUUUUCAUAGUUCUGUUCACGAGUGAAUGUGUGCUUAAGCUGAUUGCGCUUCGCUACUAUUACUUUACAAUUGGCUGGAAUACUUUUGACUUUGUAGUCGUCAUUCUUUCUGUUGUAGGCAUGUUCUUAGCUGACAUCAUUGAAAAAUACUUUGUGUCGCCAACCUUGUUUAGAGUGAUCCGGCUUGCAAGAAUCGGCCGUAUCUUGCGCUUAAUCAAGGGUGCUAAGGGAAUCCGCACGCUGCUGUUUGCGCUGAUGAUGUCCCUUCCUGCCUUGUUCAACAUUGGUCUAUUGCUCUUCUUAGUCAUGUUCAUUUAUGCCAUAUUUGGAAUGUCUAAUUUUGCUUAUGUGAAGAAGGAAUCUGGCAUUGAUGAUAUGUUCAACUUUGAAACUUUUGGGAACAGCAUGAUCUGCUUGUUUCAGAUCACCACUUCUGCUGGCUGGGACGGGUUACUGGCUCCAAUUUUAAACAGUGGGCCACCAGACUGUGAUCCUGCAAAAGAUAACCCAGGCAGCCCUAUCAAAGGAGAUUGUGGUAAUCCGUCAGUUGCUAUUCUAUUCUUUGUUAGUUACAUUAUAAUAUCUUUCUUAAUUGUCAUAAAUAUGUACAUUGCUAUUAUUUUGGAGAAUUUCAGUGUUGCUACAGAGGAAAGUGCUGAACCACUGAGUGAAGACGACUUUGAGAUGUUUUAUGAAGUUUGGGAAAAGUUUGAUUCAGAUGCAACUCAGUUUAUGGAGUAUGGUAGAUUGCAUGAUUUUGCAGAUGCCUUGGAACCACCACUUCGUGUGGCAAAGCCCAACAAAAUACAACUCAUAGCGAUGGAUUUGCCCAUGGUCAGUGGAGAUAGAAUUCACUGCCUUGAUAUCUUGUUCGCCUUUACAAAGCGUGUGCUGGGUGAGGGUGGAGAAAUGGAUGCUCUUCGACAGCAGAUGGAGGAACGCUUUAUGGCAUCUAAUCCAUCCAAGAUAUCCUAUGAGCCCAUCACAACCACUCUGCGACGUAAGCAGGAGCACGUGUCUGCAACCAUCAUUCAAAGAGCUUUCAGGCGAUACCUGAUGAGGCGAACUCUGAAACAAGCAUCUUUCAUGCUCAAAGAGAAAGGGAAAACAAGCGAGCUUUUACCAGGCAAAGAAGAGAUGGUGAUAGAUAAAUUCAAUGAAAUCUCCACGACAGACAAAACUGAUAUGACUCCUUCCACCACAUCCCCACCAUCCUAUGAUAGUGUAACAAAACCAGACAGAACCAGGGAAGAGAAAGAAAAAGAAGACAGAGGCAAAGAUAUAAAGGAUUAUAGAAAGUAAAAUGCAAACAAAUCAAAAAGGAUCCACUUUGUAUGACAUUGUUUACAGCUUUUAAGUGUGACCCAACCGUAUCAACAGACUCCAUUUGGAGAUCUAUGCCAAACAAACGAUUAGUAUAUAAUGAGGUCACUGACCCUCACCAGAAGCCGGUGACUCUGUAUAGUGGGGGGGAGGGGGGUGGUAUGAUUGGAGAGUCAGCAGGUGGAAUAGAAGGUUACUGUUUUCACUACUGGUUGACACUGCUGAAGAGGAAAGUCUAAAUAGCUCCUAAGACUGGAGGAACAAGACAAAGGGACCAGAAAAUUUUACAUAUUUGUGUCAUUUCUUGUGUAAUACUAGUGUGUUUUACCUAUAUAUUUUGCAUUACUGUUGCCACAGUUCCACCGUUUAUACCAGGCCCAUAGCAAUUCACACAUUAUUUUAUAAUUCAUAAGUUAUAUAUUAUAUGUGACUAUUUUUCUAAAUGGGGGGUGGGCCUUUAUGUUUUUGGGAAGAAGUUUCACGCACUACUUUUAAGGUAAGUGGAUCACCCCAGAAGUUUAGGAGAAAGCGUUUGACAUGGACAAAACAAAAGUCUUGCAUGGAAGCAUGUUGCACUUGUUCAUGGUGCAUGAGGAAUCAUUAACCCACAAAUCUAACAAAAUAUUUUAUAUCUAUUUAGUGUUUCAGGGUGGCCCUGAUGUCCAAGGUGCUUUACUAAAUGUGUUGUGUUAUAUUUGAACAGUUCUCAUAUGUGCCUGUUAGUUCUUUAUAACCCCUAAACUGAGAGUUGAUGGGUAUUUUUAUGUGGGACAUUUACAAACAACUCUCAGCAGCUGCAACUUUAGUGUAAGUUCUAAAAGACACAGUUACUAUUCCUUUUGUACUGCCAUGGGUGGAUAGAAUCGAGGAGACCUAGAAAGGAUCCACCCAACAAAACUGAAUUGACCAAAAUGGAACUUUACAAAACUGCUCUGCUUUAUCCUGCAGUAUUGUUUAGGCAUCUUCAGCUCUCACUAAGAUUGACAUUGCACAAGACAAAGAAAUCCCUCUGUGAUGUAAAUAGUUACUUCAUAUUGUGGUGCAUAUUUGAGCAAAUAUUUAUCUCGGCACAGCAUUCAAUGCGUCAAAUAUGCAUCACAUGAAGUCUAGUUAGCAAGCUUUUGCCGGACGUGUUCUAUAUCAUUAUAUAUAGUUUGGAUACUGUCACUGGCGCAUGUUUAUUGCUUUUGCUGCUCUACACUGCUCCUUCCACUGCCCAGAAGUGAUUGAAAUGUGAGAAGACAUAAGCCAGUGAUAAACUGAGAACUUGCUCCAUAAGAACUCACUCCUCCUAGUUUACAGUGAACGAAGAAGCAUUUUUACUUUUGAGUUUCUAGAUUCAAUUGUAUGCUGUAUGACCACACUCUUACAGGAUAUGUUGCAGAUUGCUUGAAAUGCUCAAUGUGGUUGAAUUUUAUAAAGAGAAUAUAAAUAUUGUAAAAAUCCAUUUUAUUUUACUUUUCAGCGUUUGUACAUAUAAAAUGUUAAUGAGAAUGAUUUCAGGUCAAAACUACAGACACUUUUUUUUACAUUGAUCCAUAGCACUUUUUCCAUCAGUGAACUUCCCAAAAGAGAAAGAACAGAAAAUUUUAGUUUACUUUUUAACAAAAUGCACACAUUUUCAGUAUAGCAAAAAUUAAUUUGUGCAAAGUUUGGACCACGAUUCACUUCUUUCUGCAAAGUGAUAUCCAGAAAUACAACGAGGGGUAAACAUUAUUCAGACCUAAGCACUGCCUGUCUCGAAGGUGUCAGGGAAGGAAUCCUUGAUCCUUUGUACUGUCCCUUUGGAGACCUUUUUGUCUUGUGACAUAAUUCAUGCUGCACUAGAAUGGCUAGAAGAGAAAAUGGGUCCACAGUUUACUUUCACAAGAACAAAGCUGAUAUUCUUUAAUCACACCCAGGUUUUUUUUGUGUUUUCUUACACAAAGAGAAUUUAAAUGUAAACUCCUUAUAUUAAGCCUAUUGACUUGUAGCGUUAUAGUGAACUGCAUGCAGGAUAAUGCUAAUAUUACCGUAAAUAAAUGGUAAGACUUCAUUACAGAAACAAGCUAAGAGAAUAAAUAAUUUUUUUUUAAUUGUACGUAAUGACUGACUCUCUGUGUGGAUUUUUUUUUUGGUUUGGUUGUCUUGCACAUGCGUCCAUUGUGUUGUACAAAGAAAAUCUUAAGAGUCUACCUACAAACUGUUAUUGGAAGAUUCAGAAACCUGCUCUAAUGUAUUCUUUGGUUGGUAAUAUAUUCAUAAUGUAUUACAUAUUCAGUGCAUUUCUGAAACCUUUUUCUGGGUUUGCUCCCUUUGGUAUUGGAUUAUUGCAUAAAAUGUUUAGUACAUUCUAUUUGUUUAAGUAGAUGCUACUUUUUUAUAAUAUUGUAACUCUAUAUAUCCAAUUUAUUUGCACAAAUUAUGCAGUUAAUACUCCAUAUCUGGGUGGUCCAAUAUUUUAUUUUCUUUCCAUUGUGCUAAGUUGAGGAAAUGCCAAUCAUGUGGUAGUCUGUUUAACAUCAAACAAUUUUGACAGUCACAUAAAGGAUUAAUAAAAAAUGGAAUUUUAUGCAAAAUAAUAUUGUUGGGGAUGCUGAUUUAUUUGCAGAAGCAGCAUCUGUGAAUUUGUGAUCAGAAGGUUUAGAUCUUGAGUACUGAUAAAAAACUUAAUUUGUGAUCAAGAGGUUCGGAUCUUGAGUACUGUUAAUGGACAACAGGUCUAGCAAUGGAAUUUGAGAAAUCAUGAGAUUUAGGAGGAUGAGAGUGAAAGCCUGAACCACAUUGAAGGUUCUCAGAACGCUGCUGUCAUUACUCAGAUAGAGGAGCAUUGAGAAAAAGUUAUUUUAGUCAGGAAGCGUACAAGAUGACCUUUGAUCAUGAG